AUGGUGAGAGUAAACGUUUCAGAUAAUUUACAGCGGCCUUUGCUGGAUUAUCAAUCUAAUUCGAAAAUUUCCCUGAAAUGUUUACCAUCAUCGAGCCCAAUCAGAAAUUCCCAUCAAAGGUUGCUCGUAUUUGAUCAAGCGACAAAAAAAUCAACAGUUGAAAGAGAUCGGAUAAGCCUUCAAGUUAAUUCGUCGUUUUCCUCCUCUCCGAUCAAAAAAAUAUCUCACUCAGUCCAUGCUAGAAAGAAGAACAAUAAUUUGGGCAAAUCAGAAAUUGAUCCUUGCGAUUUCAAAUGUACACAGUCUGACUACUUCGAGCCUGAAAACGAAUUACGAUCAAAUCUUUUGCUCAAAUCUGUAAACUUUAUUCAAAAAAAGUCCUAUACUGUCGAUGAAAGCGUCUCCUCUUUCUUGAACAGAUUCAACCAGGACGGUGUUUUGGAUUUGGGACUUGAUGAGGUAAGUUAUGGAGCAGAAAAUAACUCUACUUUCAAUUCUAAUAUAUCACCAACAUCACACAAAUCGGCACUAAAAUAUCACAUUUCCUAUUUCUCUAACAAACUGGAAACUAUCAUUGAGAUACCAUCUUCUGAGGAUAUUGAUAUUGAUGCUCUCAAAAUCCAACUAGUAAAUAGUUUACGCAAAGCACUAGUGCUUUCGCAGACAGGUUCACGAAAAUACAAGGUUGUAAUAUUAACUCCGAGACCAGGAGCCUCUUGGUUCGAACGAAAGUUGCAAGCCUAUCCUCUGCAAUUUCGGAAUGACUUUCAAUAUAUAAUUGUGACAGGGAAAAAAAGCUUUGCACCCAAAUUGAAAAGUUGUCUAAAAUCCUUUUCAUAA